AGAGAGGAUGCGAAGAUUGUGGAUUGUCUGUCCCUUUGGCCAGCAGAACCUCCGCCCGCGGUCAACAGGAGCGGACCGCGUGGGACACGACUGCAUCAACGACUUUCAGCAAUAACAAACAUUCAUCUGACUAGACCAGUCAUGGAGCUCAGACCCAACCAUCAAUUCGACCCUUUUGGGCCGGAAGCCGCGAAAUAUGAUGACGUGUCUGAUGAAAUCGAUUGGAGUGAUCCCGCCGCCUUCUUCAAAGCGGUGGGUGCCGGCUCCGGUAGUUCCCUCCCCGUCCCUGAAAUGAGGUCUCCGGAAGAGGUUCGUCAAGAGGCCAGAAGAAGAUCAGAUGAGGUCUUCACCAGCUAUGAGACCCUGCAUGCAAUUGCACAGCGCCAUGAGGCUACAAUUCAGAAGCGCUGGUCGAAGCGAACUCGGCAACAGAGACUAAAGGUCCUGCUCAAUGCCUGGCCGAAAAUGCCGGUCAUCCAUCGCCCCGACAGGGGAGGGCCUAUUUAUAAUGGAGGUACAGUCCACCUGAAGCCCGAAAGUGAUGUAAGUGGCUUCGAGUCUUUGGGCGUAAUGGCUGCAGAAGCCCCAUAUCGGGGUCCUGCGCAAUUUCAUCUUGGCCGUAUUGAGUCGCUGCUCACCACAAGAGCGUCCGCUGCAGAAGAUCAUCUUUGGGCAAUGCGCGAAGAUCCCGACUAUUUCGCCAGAACGAUAUUGGAGACUAAGGAACAUCGUCAAGGGAUGUUGAAAGACCUCAAUGGCAAUAUCCACACAGCGCUUCGCCGUGGCUGGGAAGGAAUUUUCUGGUCGCGCGUUAUCGGGACCACUGUCGACGCAGCUUACCAUGAGCUAGAGCUGUUCUCGGAACUUAGCAGCCAAGCCAAGAAAUUGGUCGAGUUACAAAGAAAGUACGCCAAUGUCAUUUCCCCUUCAAAACCACUACCCGGGGAGUAUCUUGCUGCCUUGCUCCGAUUAAGCUUUUAUCUCGACCAGGGAUCCAAGGGCCCCCCGAACAAGCUCAAAGUAGUAGUCGAAAAGCCUGGCUCUAAAAUGAACAAUGUAGAGCGUCACUUGUGUUGGCUGCUCCACACCCUGGCUGAAGAUGGCCAUUAUUUGUUCCUGGCUGGUAUGCCCUUGGUCGUGGACGAGCUGGAGCGUCUGAUCGAAUCGGACAAACGCGCGGGAGAGCUGGUCUCUGCGUACAAUACCGACGUGAUUGGCGAUCUCUUUAUUCUCGCCCAGUGUUUGAAUCAGUCGAAUAUCUAUCAGCCCUGGGCCCGAGGCUUUGAUACUGAGUUCUGGAAUCGUGAAGACAAGUUUAAGGAAGAUUACGCGAAGCAGACCCAGUCAUGGGCUCGGAUCCGAGACACGCUUAAGAGCGCGCAUUCCCAGUCGAGAACUCCCCCUCGCGCGGUCAAGCUUGGCGACCCUUCCGAUGGAAGAUUCACCUAUCCCGUCGAAAAAUGCCGCACCAAAGAUGCGGAGAGACUCUUCUCCCAGCAGCGCAUCUUACAACGCACCCGAGAGUGGGUGAAGGCCGAAAAGUGGCAGCCUGCUAAAAAAGCACAGAACCAGAUCAGCGAGCUCGAUUUUUACACUUCAUACCAACCAAUCUCCACGGUCUACUCGGGCAUUUCGGCUAAAGAACUGGAUGUCGCACAGCCUAAAGCCAAAAUCAAAACCCGCGGGACGCCAGCACCAGCUCCCGCACACGUCGAGGAAGCCGCAGCACUUCACCAGGCCAAUCCCGCAGAUGACCAACCCAGCUUUCCUGUAAAUGCGCGUGCUCUUAAAGUCUUCCGAGCCAUCUUCUUUAACCCCGCAGUGAUGUCCACGCCAGGCGAAGUCCCGUGGAAUGACUUUCUACAUGCCAUGACCUCGGUCGGCUUUGCCGCUAUGAAGCUUUACGGCUCCGUCUGGCAGUUUCAGCCGACGAAGCUCGAUGUUGAGAGGAACAUUCAAUUUCAUGAGCCUCAUCCGCGCGGGAAAAUGCGCUUCACGACUGCCCGGCGUGUUGGCCGUAGACUUAAAAGGGCUUAUGGUUGGUUUGGGGGGAUGUUUGUUCUGGACGAGAAAUGAAUCACCCCAAACACGAGGGGCUCGGAUUACGAUCUCGGAGCUUUAAUAUCUCGUAACACCUAUGUUUAGGCAUACUUGGUCUGAUGCUCCUCGCCCUGGGGCUAUUCAUGAUGUCAGUUAUGUCGGGGCGAGGCUCAGCUUUUCCAAUUACCAGUCUGAGAGACCACCACUGGGCCAUAAACAACUGAUACCAUGAACAUCUGGCCGGCUUUUUC